UGUUAAAGGCCACCCCGUGCGACGCGACAGAGUUCCGCAUUUUGCCCACUCUUGUCUUGCUAAUAGGAAGUUGACGAGCUAGCACAGACGAUGAGGUUUGCUGAGGAAGGCCCUUUCCCCUCUUGCGAUGCGCUGGUCCUCUCCACUGCGGGCGACGGCAACAACAAGUUUUCUCUGCUCUCGAACUACCAGUCUAUAAACAAAUGCUAUGAAUCGUAGGACGCUGUUCUAGCGAACCGUUCAGGGCGCGAGUGCUGUGUGCGACGUUGUCCACGACCUUUGGGAGUCAGCGCUACCCGUUCUAGUGGUAGCGUAAAUUGAUUCCCGUGGGGUGCUCGAGGACGUGCUUGUUUACUGGGGCUGUGGCGGAACAAAGCCGGCUACGAUUUCCGCGGUCUCCGAAGCUUGAUAUGCGAACCGUCCAAGGCGCCUGAGCCUCCAUUCGGUGUGAAAAGUGCUAUUGUUGUUGGCAUUACUAUCAAGGUGCACCGACCAUGCGGUCGAUCAAGGGUUUACGGAGGGCUCUGUCACCUGGCCCUUGUGGAGUCGCGCGCAGGUGUAUGGCUUCCGACCACACCAUUUGGGAACCCCACGCCAGUUCACUGAACUUGGCUGACGACCAUCACUUGAUUCGCGACGCACAGGUGCCCACGUCUGCACAAGUCGUUAUUUGUGGUGGAGGCAUCGUGGGCACCUCUGUGGCGUAUCAUCUCGCGAAAAUCCAUGGCAUUACAGAUGUUCUCCUCGUCGACCGGGGAAAAAUCGGCGGAGGGUCGACUCGCUUCGGAGCUAGCCUUCUGAGCCAGAUCAAGAAUCGCACGAUUGAAAGUCGAAUGAGCAAAUACUCAAUCGAACUCUACAAACAGCUCCAGGAUAUGGGCCACCAAACUGGCUGGAAACAGUGCGGUUCUCUGCAUUUGGCUAGGACUAAAGAAAGACUUCUCGCCUUCCGCCGAAUGGCCGCGGUUGCAAAAAGCAUGGACGUCGACGCGCGGAUAAUAAUGCCGAAAGAGGCUCAGGAGCUAUCACCCAAUAUAGCAACUGAACGACUUGAGGGUGCUCUCUGGUGUCCUGUAGAUGGUGUGGCGGAUACGCAUGCACUGUGCAACAUUCUCGCCGGUGAGGCAGAAAAAUUAGGUGUUAAAGUCGUUGAGGGGUUUUUUAUCAAUCGGAUCCUCAGCGAUCCCCAAACAAAUAAGGUGACAGGAGUAGAAAGCAAUUUCGGUAGGACAGACUGUGAAUAUUUUGUCAAUGCGGCUGGCUAUUUCGGUCGAUUAAUCGGGAAGUUAAGUAAUCCACCCGUGAAGAUACCUCUGUAUCCCUGCGAGCAUUAUUUUCUACACACGAAGCCCGUGCCAGGAAUCAACGAAAACAUGCCUGUUAUACAUGACUAUGAUGGAAACUUCUACAUUCGUGUAAAGGAUGGAAAAUAUAUAGCAGGGGGUUUUGAGAAUCAUUCAAAGCCAGUCGACUUCGAUAAUUUGCCAGCGAUAGGUCGCGGUCUACUGCCUGAGGACUGGGAUCAGUUUUCAGUGCUUCUUAAUGAAAUGCUGUUUCGAAUACCCGAGCUGGUAAAUGUAGAGGUGGAUAGGCUUUACAACAGUCCAGAAAGUUUUACGCCUGAUGGUCGAUGGCUGGUGGGAGAGUCUGCAGAGCUAAGGAACUACUUUGUUGCGUCAGGGAUGAAAUCAAUCGGAAUCGAAGCUGCGGGCGGAGUUGGCAGGGUAACAGCUUCGUGGAUCGUCAACGGAGAGCCCCAUCAGGAUCUGUGGGAUGUCGACAUUAAACGCUUCAUUGGACUACACAAUAAUAAGCAAUUUUUAAAGGAACGAGCUACAGAAGUGCCUGGAUUGUACUAUCGAAUGCCCUACCCUCUGCUGGAGUUUGAGACUGGUCGGCAGUUGCGGAUGUCACCCAUCUACCCAAGAUUGCGAGAUGCAGGAGCAAUGUUCGGCCAGACAAUGGGAUAUGAACGGCCGGGAUACUACGAUCCCGAGUACAAAGACAAAUCACUGAAAGAUGCCCGCGUGUCCCACACGAAGACCUUCUUCAAGCCGCCGUAUUUUGACCUGGUGCAGAGCGAGUACGAAGCCACAAGAGAGCGUGUGGCUUUAAUAGAUUAUUCGUCAUUCACUAAACUCGAGAUUACCUCACCUGGUGAUGAAGUUGUGACUCUCCUUCAAAAUCUCUGUUCGAACGAUGUCGACAUUCCCGUGGGACACAUUGUUAACACAGGCAUGCAGAAUGAACAGGGUGGUUAUGAAAACGAUUGUUCCUUGGUGCGAUUGGCUCCCAAUAAAUUUAUGAUCGUUUGUCCUACCCGGCAGCAACAGCGGGCCCAAACAUAUCUGCGGUGGCACAUCGGAGAUAAACCUAUUUGGGUAGCUGAUCUGACGUCCAUGUAUACAGCAAUCUGUGUCAUUGGGCCUAAUUCGCGCGAUCUCAUGCAACAGCUCACGGGUCUUAAGAUGGGCAUCAAAGAUUUUCCUUACUUCACCUAUAAAGAGUGCGAUGUUUGGAUGGCUAGCGGAGUCCGUAUGCUACACAUGACACACACCGGAGAAAUGGGCUGGGUCAUGUACAUUCCCAAUGAGUAUGCUCUUCAUGUAUACGAUCGACUUGUCGAUAUUGGAAAGGACUAUGGACUUCAGCAUGUCGGCUAUAUCGCUAUGAAAACGUUGCGAAUUGAAAAAUUUUUUGGUUUCUGGGGCCAAGACUUCAAUCGGACGACCACACCGCUCGAAUGUGGCAGAGCGUUCCGCGUUAAAUUUGAGAAAGACAAUUUUAUCGGCAAGGCAGCUCUGAUCAAACAGAAAGAUCAGGGUGUGAAGCGACGUUUUGUCCAGCUUCUGCUAAAGGACCACGAUUAUGAAACGGAUCCAUGGCCAUGGGGCGGUGAGCCAAUCUACCUUAACGAUCGAGUCGUUGGCCGAGUAACAACUACUGCGUACGGCUUCACGCUUAGCACCCAUGUACUGCUCGGAUUCAUUGAAAAUAUUAGCGACAAAUAUGAGCGACAUAUUGUCACAAACGACUAUAUUCUCAAAAACGAAUUCCAGAUCGACAUCGGAGGACUUAUGGUAAAUGCAAAGGCGAACAUUCAUUCCCCAGCACUUGCCUAUAAAGGUAUCUCUAAGGAAAGGACGUAUUUCGCGACACAAUAACCGUAUGCAAUCUAUUGCAUCAGUGUGCUCGUUUUUCUGUGCCAAAACUAACUGAAAUCAGAGUGAGGCGUUAGAGGAAUCAUAGUUUUAUAGAAGAGAAGGACAUGCAAGAAGAGUGACAAAAGGAAAGCAUAUAUAACAAAAGUUGUGUUUAAUCAAUAAGAAAGUUGACUUUUACAAGUCACUCGAAGUUGACCCCUUCUGCAAACCAUUUCACCCCUAUUGUUGCAAUGGGCCAUAUAUAUAAGAAUGAAAUUCGACAUGAUACAUUAAACUGCGCCGAACAUUUUUAUCGCCGAACACGAUAGGUAAAUACUGGGUUAUAAUUAUAGGCAGUUAAGUUUAUUAAAAAUAAGACUGAUAUAGCUCCGACGGUCGCCCUACGGAGAGAGGAUUACGUUGUUAGAUUGUUACAUUUUUUAUCGUUGUAGAUAUUGGAGUAAUUUCUAACCUCUAAAUGGUGCUGCUAAAUCAUAGUAGGCUGAAGGAAAGAAACAGUAAGUGAAAAGCCUCAAAAAUAAAGCAUAAAUACAAGAAAAUAAGGAUACCAUUUUUUGCGUGCCGAAUUCAAUUCAGCUGACCACUUACGACACAUUUCUACAAAUGCCGCUGAUAUAGUAUUUGGCAAUAUCGUACAUCAUAGUAACAUAUCUUUUCUCAAACUUUUAUCGUGCGCUACGUAUACAUGACUUACGUGCAUUACCUAUGCAUACGUCUCCAUUAAUAUGGUCUUCAGCGGCACGACAUCACAACAAUGCACUGUUGUUCUUUAGCCAGAUGGUUUAUUUUAACAUAAUGCUGAAAAAAAAAAAGGUUAGAACACUGGUCUACAUAAGAAUCCCUUUGAAGCGCGCGCCCUGAAGAAAAAAGAGGAUCUAUUAGACCGAAAUAUAGUUUUGCAAAAACUGGAACGGGGAUCGUCGAAAAAUUAUUAACGGGUACAAAAUGUUUACUUCGCUCGCUGCUUAUAGAGAUAAAAACAGUUACUAGUGGUUCGUUCUCAUUAGCCGCAUAUUCGUUUUUGUUCCAUUGGCAUCCUUUGGCAUCUUCAUUAUUUACUCAUAAAGCUUGGAUGAUAGUUGAUGUCAUAUCCGCAUUGGAGGGUAAGCAGAAUUCGAAGGUUCUGCUGUACAGAUAGAGUGACGCACAAAAACAGUAAACUACCAACAUUAAUGCGGUAUCACUAUCAUUCAUUGUAUACUUCUACAUCAUAUCUAGAUAUAGUCGAAUUAAGUGAGAUAUAAGACCAUCAUUUCGUUUGAACAGCCAUAUAGUUUGAAAGUUCUCAACUUACCUCAGCAUUUAAUCGCCUCAAACUAUCAUUAUAAUGCACAGUCAGUGACUGUUGCCCUCCUCUAAUUUACAAUCUUUCCCUUGCGCGUUCCUCGGAACGUUUGCCUACUAAUUAUGCUUAUAUAUCCUAUUUAUACUAUGAUAGAAAAAUGGUUUAUAUUCGCCUGUCACUAUCAUUUACUAUUCAUAUUUCAUAACCUUAGUAGCCAUAGCCUCCAUUACUCCAUAUUUGCCUAUCAUUCUGGCUUCAAGUAGAAAUAACAAAGUUCACUUGACGUCUAGCAUCGUGCCGAAGCAAUCAAUGCAUAUAUAUAUAUGGGGGAUAUAAAGAUGACGAGACAUAAGUAUCUACUGCAGACAGUUUUUUUUUUUAUUAAAUUUUACUCUUUCUAGGCAACAUACAAAUACAAACAUAUACUGAUAGAUAUCACGAGUCAACUAAAACAAUAAA